GGCGCGCUGUGGCUGCGCUCCCCGGGGAUGCUGCGGGGCUGGGGCUGAGCGCUGGCAGCAUCCCUCUUCCCCCACCCCCGGAGCAUCGCUCCUGCUGGAGGCAUUUGGUGCGCGCUGCUUUUUCCUGUGCGAGGAUUAGGGACCGGGAGAAUGGCUUUGUGAGGAAGCUCGGAGAGUGGGAGCUGAAGAGAGGCUGAACAGAGGGGCCGAAAGACUUUAGCCUUUCAUAGUUCUUUCAGUCAGUUCAUUCUCAGAGACCAAUUGCAUGCGAUACGGCAGCUGGGGGUUUUGUUUUCCUUUCAGCUGUGUACUGUAGGAGAAGCUGAUAGCUGAUCAGCUUCCCUGGAUUUCGCUGACGCCACAGGAAAGCUUUGCCUGAAGAUGGAAACACUGGAGUCAGAACUGACCUGCCCUAUCUGUCUGGAGCUGUUUGAAGACCCGCUGCUGCUGCCUUGCGCUCACAGCCUCUGCUUCAACUGCGCGCACCGCAUCCUUGUCUCCCACUGCGCCACCAACGAGCCGGUGGAGUCUAUCACCGCCUUCCAGUGCCCGACCUGCCGCUAUGUCAUCACCCUUAGCCAGCGCGGUCUAGACGGGCUCAAGCGCAACGUCACCCUGCAGAACAUCAUCGACAGGUUUCAGAAAGCCUCCGUCAGUGGGCCCAAUUCCCCCAGCGAGACCCGCCGGGAGCGGGCGUUUGAUAACAACAGCAUGUCGUCCUGCGAGAAGGUCCUCUGCCAGUUCUGCGACCAGGACCCUGCCCAGGAGGCGGUGAAAACCUGUGUUACCUGCGAGGUGUCCUACUGCGAGGAGUGCCUGAAAGCCACUCACCCCAAUAAGAAGCCAUUCACUGGCCACCGUCUCAUCGAGCCUAUCCCAGACUCUCACAUCAGGGGAUUAAUGUGCUUGGAGCAUGAGGACGAGAAAGUUAACAUGUACUGUGUGACUGAUGACCAGUUAAUUUGUGCCUUGUGUAAACUGGUCGGGCGACACCGUGACCAUCAGGUGGCAGCUUUAAGUGACCGCUAUGACAAGCUAAAGCAAAAUUUGGAGAGUAACCUCACCAACCUUAUUAAGAGGAACACUGAACUGGAAACUCUUCUGGCAAAACUCAUUCAGACCUGUCAACAUGUAGAAGUAAAUGCAUCCCGCCAAGAAACCAAGCUGAUGGAAGAAUGUGAUCAACUAAUUGAAAUAAUCCAGCAAAGACGGCAAAUAAUUGGAACCAAAAUCAAAGAAGGAAAGGUGGUGAGGCUGAGAAAACUGGCUCAGCAGAUUGCGAACUGCAAACAGUGCAUUGAGCGCUCGACAUCCCUCAUCUCUCAGGCUGAGCAGUCACUGAAGGAGAACGAUCACGCCCGCUUCCUGCAAACAGCUAAAAAUAUCACUGAAAGGGUUUCCAUGGCAACUGCAUCCUCCCAGGUUCUAAUUCCUGAAAUUAAUCUCAAUGAUACUUUUGAUACUUUCGCACUUGAUUUUACCAGGGAGAAGAAAUUGUUGGAAUGCCUUGAUUACCUUACAGCUCCCAACCCACCAACCAUUCGAGAAGAGCUCUGUACAGCCUCCUAUGAUACCAUUACUGUGCACUGGACAUCAGAUGAUGAGUUCAGUGUGGUUUCUUAUGAGCUGCAGUACACCAUCUUCACUGGACAAGCCAAUGUUGUUAGUUUAUGCAACUCAGCCGACAGCUGGAUGAUUGUUCCUAAUAUCAAACAAAACCACUACACGGUGCACGGGUUACAGAGUGGCACGAAGUACAUCUUCAUUGUCAAGGCCAUUAACCAGGCUGGCAGCCGCAGCAGCGAGCCUGGCAAGCUCAAGACAAACAGUCAGCCAUUUAAACUGGACCCCAAAUCUGCUCAUAGAAAACUGAAAGUGUCUCAUGAUAACUUGACAGUGGAACGAGAUGAAACAUCAUCCAAAAAAAGUCACACACCAGAGCGAUUCACAAGCCAAGGGAGCUACGGAGUAGCUGGCAACGUGUUCAUCGACAGCGGGCGGCAUUACUGGGAAGUGGUGAUAAGCGGGAGCACAUGGUAUGCUAUUGGUAUUUCCUACAAAUCAGCACCAAAGCACGAGUGGAUUGGAAAGAAUUCUGCCUCCUGGGUGCUUUGUCGCUGCAAUAACACGUGGGUGGUGCGGCACAACAGCAAAGAAAUCCCCAUCGAACCCGCACCUCACCUCCGGCGGGUUGGCAUUUUGCUGGACUACGACAACGGUUCCCUUGCCUUUUAUGAUGCUUUGAACUCCUUACACCUUUACACUUUUGACAUUACAUUUGGCCAGCCAGUGUGCCCCACGUUCACGGUGUGGAAUAAAUGUUUGACCAUUAUAACUGGCUUGCCUAUCCCUGACCACCUAGAUUCCUCCGAGCAGCUCGCGUGAGUGCUAAAAGCCAAAAGGUAGGACAGCACAUCUUCCCAGGGCGGCCAGGCGGGGCCACCAGGAGCUUACUCAGAGCUGGCAGAUCCAUGUGGCAUCCCAGACAAUGCUGCCAAAUUUGGGCAAAACUGACAAGGAGAGAAAAUCUCUUCCUGUGUAUUUUGUACUGAAGGACAAGAAGUGGCUUUAAUAAUAUCUUAGAACUUUUUUUUCAGUUGAUUUUGUUUGGUUGGUUUUGUAUUUCAUCUCUUAUAGGAAGAUUUGUAAAUUAUUUAUAAAAAUGGAAAAAAAAAAGCUAAAGCCUAGUAUGGACAUCUGGGAUAUGACUUCUUGUUUUUUUGAGGGGAGGGGUUUUUUUGCACAUUGGUGGUCCUGUUAAUUAAAGUUUCAUCAGCCUUUUGAAUAAUUUUAUUUUACAGUGGAUAAUAUAAGAAAAUUGGAAAGAUGAAAACUGCAUAGUGGACAAGUCAGUAUACUGCAGGUUUUACUUGUACCAACAUUACUGGUCUCAUUACCAGCCUUGUUGAGUGCAAGAGCUCUCAAUUUCUACUCUGCACAUGGGAGUGUGCAGACCAAAAGAACAAAAAUAAGCAAGCGAGGAAGUGGAGCUCGCCACCACAGCAAAAGAAUAAAGUUUAAUUUACUUCUGUUCACAGGGCAAUGCUCUCUCAGUUCAUAAAAAACAUGUGGAGUAUCUCCUAGAAAUGUGAGUGGAUAAAUCAUCUGGUGAUUUUUUUUUUAUUGAUGGCAAUAUUCCCAUCUAUCAGUGCUUCAUUUUCAUCUUUGGAAAACAUUAUAGAAUCAUUGAGGAUGUGGAAGAUCGAUACCAUCUCUGAGAACCCACAGCACUGGAGGAGAACAGCUAAUCCAAGGUCUGACUGUAGACUAAUUUGAUAAAGCACGGCAUCAUUUAAAGAUUGAUUGUAAUAGAAGAUGUCACAGUUCUGAUGAUAGACAUGUGAAUGCUUAUUGCUGAUUUUACAAGGUUCAACAUAGCAAGCCCAGCCAACAACUCGGAAGUGAGACAUGCACCACUUUACCAUUGGUUUUAAAUUAAAUACAAAUGUUUCAUUGUCAUACACUGUGUAGUGUCUAUAACAAAGCAAGGAAAUCUGUUUUGCAUGUGCUGUAUGGAGAAACACUGCAGCUGGAGUUUGCUCAUAGUAAUCAUUGUUCCAGGUUGUUUGGGAAAGCACAGUUCACUUUGCAAAUGAAAAGUAAAGAGUAAGAUUUCAACAGCAGUAGAAAUCUGCAUAGGGAGACCCUAUGUUCAUCCUGGUGUUGGUAGAAGAGCUUCAGUGAAGGCAAUAGAGGUUCUACGUACUUUAUCUCAGAGCUGAAUCGGUGCAUUUUUUUUCUCUUUCCCUUUACAGAUAAAAGCUUUUUGUAAUUAUUGCAAUGAUUAUGUAUAAAGGAACAUUUUGGGAGACAGUUGAGGCAUAUGGCAACUUUAAAAGAAUGGUUUUCCUACAGUAUUUUGUUAUUACUAUGCAAGUGGUGAAUAUAUCUGCCUGUAUAGAAAAAAGAUAAACUGAAUAUCAGCUUUAAAGAUUUGCUCAGUAAUUUAUAAUCAUGCUUUAGGUAUCUUUUGAAAAAGAUGCCUUAAUGCACUUUGUUCAGUAAUGGGUCCAAAAUAAAAUGGUCCCAAGCUCAGUUUCAGAUUUUUUAAAUACUGAUUCUCCAGGUGUAAAGCUCUACUACAGUUUGCCUUAUGAUUAUAUCAAAAAUUUAUGAACAAAAUGAGGAGAAUAUGUACAUGCCUGUUUGUUUCUUUUUAAUAGAGAAUAAAUGCCUUUCCAUGUUUCUUUGAUUUCCAUUUACAUGCCUGGCUAACUGCUGAAAUAAAUGGAGAAAAAUCUGGCAGUUCAUUGCUGAUACCAUGGCUUUCAGCUGGGCAACAUCCCAUAGUUCACAGGUAGGAGCCACUGAUCUUUCCCAAGUAGACGUAAAGAGGCAAAGUGUGUACAUACAGUGAACCUCAGUGUUUAUCAUAGGGUCAUUAAUAAUCAAGAAAUGUAUACCCUCAAAAAUGAAAAAGUAAAUCAGUCCCCAAGCAUUCAUUACAUUUUAAAACUGAGUACAAUGCUACUUGUACAAUCUGAUUUACAAUGCCCAGAUGAUCUGGCCUAGGAUAUUUGGGAGCUAGCUGAGAUGGUAUGAAAAUCUUGAAAAUGAGUUGACAGAUGUCUGAUGCAAAGCAGUGAUAAAAGGAUGCAUGAAGAAAGGACCUUUAUUCUAGGGUUAUUGCCAAGUUUCUGCCUAAAAGUAAAGAGGGAAUUACCAAAGUACAUGUAGCAAGGUUGUGUAUCUUCUCUUUUGCAAGAAAUAUUAGAUCUAGAAGCUGAUUUCAGUAGUGGAUAAACUGAAAACUCUGCUCAGUGUUUAGUUAUACAAUGUUGGCAGAGAUGGAGCUGCAUGGAAAUAGUACCAUGAAUUUGGAGAGGUCCCAAAUGAUUUCACAUAUUUUCAUUGUGAAGAUAGAGCAUGAGUCUAAAGACAGAUUGUGGUUUUGGCCAAUAGAAAAAGGAUGGUAUUUUAUCUACAGACCUUGUUGUAUCAUCUUUAUUAUGACAAAGAAUAUUUCAUCCGGAGCUAAGCCACAUUUCUCUGAUGUCCUAUUAACUCAGUCAGUGCUCUGUGUGCAUAUGUGUUUGUGUAUAUAUGUACACAUAUGUAUGGGUAUACACAUACCAGCAUAUGCACAAAUAUAGUGUGUCAUUUGUGUAUACACACACAUAUGUAUAUACACAUACAAAGUGACAGCAGUUAGUCAGGUGUUCCUUUUUUGCUUGUUUCUUGGACAAUUUCAUAUUCCGUAUGACAGUGAGGAAACAAGUUUGCUAUGAACAGUAUUCUUCUGGACAUUUUUUAACAAACAAAAUCUGUUUAUUUUACAAUACUUGAUUCAAUGCCUGAUUAAUCAAUAAAAACUUCCAUUUGAAAAUGUAGCUUCUGUGGUCUGUGGCAUUUUGCAUGGUCCAUAAUAAUGAAUUGAAAUCUGGGAGAGCAAGUAAUCCUUGUAUGAAAAUAAAAUAUGGUACUUUAAUGUAGCAUGCAGUCUUAGAUGAGGACUUUUCCCUUUUUUUUGAAAGUUUUGUGACUCGCAGUGAGGUAACAUUUUAUAAUGGUGUGUUUAGCAAAUGCAGAUUUUUGAGGAAUAAUCUGCUAAGAUGCAAGCAAUGAAAGUGGUAGAUAUACCAUUGUGUUGGUAUAAUGAAUGUUUCAAGUGUGCUUAGAACUCAAUUUAAGGUUCAGCAGAAUUACAGCAAAUAAUAACACAUUCUCUUUAGAAGAUAGUAGCAGCUCAGAGUAGUGUUGAGCUUGAGGAAAUGCAAGGGUGGGGGACUAUUUUUCUCUGAGAUGAGAUAAGAUUUUCCAUGUGUUUGACUUUUAUGUGUUAAUGCACACCUAAUAGGGAAAAAAAUCGUUCUGAAAUGGGCAAUAUGGCAUAAAUUAUUUAGUAGACUGUCUCCAGUCUACUGUAUUUUCCCAUUGUUGGCUUUCAGAGAGCAAUAAAGUUGCUGCUUUUUCUGCCAUUAGUUUAUUUUUUAUGGGUUUUGGGUAUCCCAGUUUUCAAUUGCUCAACAAAGAGACUCUCAUUUAUGAGAGGAUCUUAAGGGUAGGAAGAACAAAAGUCUCUCAGGUCUGGGUACACUGUGAAAAGCAGGAAAUCUGCAAGUACAGGUGAAAACACAUUUUUCAUUAUUUUAGCAAUAGUAGGUCACUAAGCACCAGUGUGCAUCAUCUAUUUUAGUCCUGUGUCUUAAUUGUAAACACUAUAUUCUUUACAUAUUAGAAAAUGCAACAGGACGCUACUGAGAGUACAAAUUAGGAUGUCAGCUCAUUAACCAGUUCAUUUUGAGAUGGCCAGCCUUUAUGGCACCAUGCAGGACUGUGGGAGAUUACAUUAAAAUAUUAUUGAAUAACACAGUAAAUAUUUCUUUUUAAAUUAUUCGUAUAAAACAGAUGUCUAGUAGUUAGCAUAUUCUGCUUUUAACUGCAGCAGCACAAUUUUCAGAAAAGCCCGUGAAACAAAACAAAGUGAGGAUUGCUAGUGGCUCUCAUCUGUGGUACCAAAACUGAGGGUAUUCAAUGAGUUGGAAAUGCUGUUUUAGUUUGUGGUUGAGGAGUGAAGAGGAGCUGACCCACACAGGAACUGCACACCAGUACCUCAGUAACUGCCAGGGCACACCUGGCCUGAAGGCCUUGGGUCAGUGGGGCAGCUUUGGGAAGCUGGUGAUAAACAAAAAUGUGCACAAGUUGCUUAUGGAGUGAUGUGCUGGGAGUUUAACUGUUACACCAUUUCUGAUGUAUUUUCACAUACUGCUCUUUGCAAUAGUGGAAGUGUGUCUUGAGAUAGAUGGAUGUAUUUUACUCCUGUAAAAUACUUUCCUGUCUUUCAGAGUUGGUUGCCCAAUUAGAAACAAGCACAAUGUUUUUGUCUUCUCCACAUUGAGGAAAGUCCUGCUCACUUCCAAGUGCUGAUGUUGAGCUAUUUGUAUUUAAUGUGCUUUCUGAAAUUAAAGAAAUCCUCCUUACUUUUUAAGUUUUGAUUUAGUAUUAAAUUUUCAUGUAAAAAAUUAAGAGGCUAAAGAGCAAUGAUGUUAACAAUGCUUUCAGUGUGGGCUAGACUCUUACUUUGGACUGUGACGUUUAGGGCAUCUGUGUACAUAAAUCAAAUCUCUGUGCCAGAACAGAUUAAAUUGUCAUUCAUGUGGGAGUUGAAAAGUGCAGGUGCAAGUGUUUUCUUCUGAAGUAGGCUUUUGCAUUAACUCCACUCCUUGAGUAGACUAUUCUGUUUCUUUAUUUUUUAAAUUGGUUUUCUGAUUGAAGUGCAGGCCCAGUUAAUGACACUGUAAAUAAUAAAAUCAUUCAUCAUGUUACCAAUUUUAGCAAGCCCUGCCAUAUCACAUGCCUCUGGCAGAUCACUGAACACCUCAGCUGCAAUCAAAACCUUUACAACCUCACCUCCAACUUGAGGACUGAGGCUUAAGAUGUUGACCAAGUGUGUAACUUGCCCAGGUGGGAUUCAUCCUGCUUUGAGUAAGGAGCUCCAGCACAAAUCAUGAUACCAGUUAAAGGUGAAGGACACAUAUAUUGCACAAGGGUGAUAUAGGAAAGAUAUGGGCUAGAAAACCAUCACUGUUGAGGCAGCUCUGGUUUAGAAGCACAACAUUAUAUUAGGAAGUCUUCUACUACAGUGUGAUCAACAGUGGCAUUAUUACUGCUGCCUGAGAGAGGAAUGGAGUAGCAAAGGAGGGAGUUCUGGAGCACUGCUGGGAACCACUCAGAGUGACAGGGCAGCUGAAAAGCUGCCACCACUACUUUCCUUGGCACCAUGCUGCAGCUCUGCAAAGCAAGCCUGCACCUAUUUCUCCUUUUGUUCCAGCUCAGCCUCAACCCACAUUCCCAAAUGACAGGAAAAAUAAUAUUGCAAUUACAUAUUUGAAAUCCUAACCUGAAUAAAAGCAGCAGAGCAGGGAUGACAGCCCCGAGCCUUGAUCCUCCUUUAUUCACACAGAUUCUUGCAUCUGCAUACUUCAAAGGAGAUAGUCCUGAUUUACACAGAGGUAGGUACAAGCCCAUGAAUCUUCACUUUCUAAAGAGUCAAACCCAAGUGAAGCAGGAGCCCCUGUGAGAACAGCUCAGGCUCUCCAGUAAAUCAUGUCUUUGGAGAAAGCACUUUAGCUGCUAGCAAAGCUGCAGUUUCUCAUGAGCUGUUUCCCAGGAUCAGCACAGGUGUGUUUUUAAAUGUCUGGUUCUUUUAAAAUGUAUGGCUCAGUAACAUUCUUCUUUGGUAAAUUGUUCAGGCAAUGCUUUGCUGUUUCCUCCAAGUGUGGGAAAAAUUCUCUUAGCAGGUGCUGUGUUACUUUUAUAAAAAUCUUAGAUACACAAGUUAUGAUAUAAUGCUCUAGCAUAAGACUAUUGUUCUUGGACUUCCAUUUAAAAAGGGAUAAUGACUAAAAAGUUUAGAAGUCUGCUUCCUUUAACUGUCUCAAUUUACAUAGUUAUUUGAAUUCAUGGAGAUAUUUCCUCUUAAGGAAUAGCACCUAAUUUCUUGUUAAUACACAUGGACAGUAAUUAGGAGUAUUCCUGAAAAUUAUGAACCCUUAUAAUAGUUUAUAAUCAAGCCUUUAAAAGUCAGCAAAUGGAUGCUUUGUGUUUUGUAUAGUCAUUGAACAGGAAAAAAAAUCAGCUAUAGCUGUUUAGAAUACUGAAAGGUAACAAAUGACAGCUAACUGCUACAUGACAGGAUGGGAAAGUUUACAUUAGCAAUUUUUUACUUCUCCCUCAUUUUUAUUUUACUUGGAAAACAGACAAUUCCACUUGAAAAUAUUUCUCUGAUAUUCUUCUAUUCCUUCACCUUUCUUUCAGUUUUCAGUCUCAUUUUUAAUUUUUAAAUAUUAGAGAUGCAAGAGGUUUCAAAAAGUUGGCUUUAUUUUUUAUUUUCUUAAAAAUUACCAUUUUCAGAAUGUACACAAGAAAUUAAAUGAGAAAUCAAAAUAUUAAUGCAAUAUGGCAACUUGAAUGUUGAGAAUGUUUUUGAAGCAUAAUUUGAAGAAGGAAUGCAGAUAAACCUGUCACUCUUCUACAAUCACUGAAUUAUUUGGUUUCAUUAUUCUGGGCUUAAUAGCAUUUCUCUCUAAUUAAAACAGCACUAGGAGACCUGAUUAAGGAGCACAAGCAGAGUGAUAGUAGAUUAUUUUAGGAUAACCCUGGAACCAACUCCCUUUAAUAGCAGUAAUAUAUAUACUCAACCUCAUUAAUGUCAUCUUGGGGUUUUUUGGGUUUUUUUUUUAAUUAUUAUUAUUAAAUUGUGUGUCCUCACUAAUAGUAGUUCAUAGCCUAGAAGUAUGCGUCUCUCUUGAGAAGCAUAGAUUCCAAUCCCUUAUUCUACUGGGAUUCUAUUCCCUUAUGGAAUAACAAAAAAGUCUCCCCUGUGGCAGGUGUGAAGGUGGUGCCAACACAGCAAGAACAUCUCCCACCAGCAGAGGACUGGUUGAUCUAUAUUUCUGUCAUCUUAUUUAUGCAAGUAGUAGUGAUGGCCAGAGGAUGAAAUAGAUUCAUCCAGAUUUGUAGAUAUAGGAAGAUGUGGAAAGCCUCUUUGUUGAAUUAGUAAUUACCACCAGUGGCACACACAACCCAGAAUUAGAAAUUAGCAAAGGGAGAUUUGUUCCUUUAUACAAUCAGUCACAUAUCCUUUUAAUUUUGUCUAGUCACUGUGGCCCCUGUCUCAAUUUGUCCAUCAGUUUACAUCCACAAGCUCCUUAAACUUUUGUUUAAGUUUGAGUUGAAAAUGUUGGGGCUUUUUUACAUAUUAGGUUUUAGUCAAAAAACCAUUUUUUUUAAACAAACAUUGCUGAUAUAAUGUCAUCAGGUUAUGAUAGAGAGUAGAGAUGAGGAACAAUUUAGAACCCAGAACAGACACAAACUGAGUUCAGAAUAGAAUAAUACUGUUUCUCUUCUAACAGUGUAGUCAUAGAAUUACUACACUGCAUGUAUUUAGACAAACAGGGUUUAUUAUCAAGAAAGUGCCCUGAGUUAUGCUGUAAAUUCUAAAAGAUGUAAAAAUUGAGGAAAUUAGGAUAAACCUUUGAAUUACAUACACAAAAAGAGAAGAAAAAGUUAUUUAUUCACUAUCAAUAAUUCAUAUUUUCCUACUUCCUUCCAUGGGAGGGAUGAAAUAGGAAUGAUUUGUCUUUCCAUUUUUAUGAAGUCACUGCUCCAUAUGAGUGUUACUUGGAAAUCUCUCAGGAUGAAGAAAUUUCAUGUGAACAAGCACAGCAUUCUCAAUAAUCUUGAAGUCUGCAUAAGCCAUUAGCCAGUUUUAAGGCUGGCAGUUACCCGUCAAGUAAUGAAUGCUUUCAUGUGUAUCUCACUCUGCCAGUAGAAACAUGAAGCAUUAAAAAAAAAAAACAAAAAAACAAAAAAAAAAAAAAAAAGUGAUCAAUCAACUAUAAAGAUGCUACUUGGUAUAGGGAAAAGAAAAUAUUUUCAUGGACCUGUACUUGUGCUGGUUCUCAUGCACAGAGAAGUCCUAAAUCCUGACAACCUUUUAUCUACUUUUGGAAUUCAAAAGCUCUCCAAAUUAUGCUGAAGGUCUGGUUGGUGUAUAUGGGUACAAUUCACCCCACUACCCCCACUGUCCCAGUUAUUCCCGUUUCCCAUAAGCAUAAGGAGAAGCAAACCAGCUCCCAAAGGUCUUCAUCUCUGAUUCUUAUCUGACAUUUCCCAGGAACAGUAAAGGUACAGGAUGGCCACAUCUUGUGUGGCAACAGAAAUAUGCUAGGAAAUUUUAAGCAGAUUUCUCUGGGAUAGAACCUGACCCCACAGGAAGAAAGGAUGAACUGGCUCCAGUAGCAAGGUCCAGACAUUUCUUAAGUAGCUUCUCCACAUUCUGCUAUAGUCAGGAAAGGAAAGGGAAAUCUGCUGCAGGCCAGACUAUGAGGAUGGCACAUUUCUGAAGGCAUGUCCGAAAGAAUCAAAGGGAAAAUUUUAACUCAUUCAUCCUCAUAGGAAGGUCUGCAUGAGGAGGAUGGAUACAUUUUUCCAUGUUUCCAUGGAAGCUUGGAAAGCUGCCUCCUUAUAUGUCAGGUUUGGCAGUGCUUGUGGGCAGGCAGCCCCUCAUUUCAUUUGAAGAGUGAAAAAUCAUUUUCCCACAAUUUUUCUUCCCAUUCUCCUAAAAGUUUGACAAAUGGGAAGAAAAAAUUGUCAAAUUCCAAUGCAUGAAGGCUCAUGCCGCUGACCUUCAUUGUCAAAGUGAAGAAAAUGCAAAAACUAACAAAGAAAAAAAACAAAAAAAAUACAAAACCUCUGCGUGCAAAACUUUUACUUGUAACAACUGACAUACCUGACAUAUUUUUAAUCUGCUACUAUUAAAACAGUAGCAGAUUAAUAAUAUUUUUAUGUAUUAGCAGAAACACAGUGGAGGAUUUAUCGUGACUGGAACUCUGGCAGUGGAAGAGAGAAAUAGAAGUUAAAGGCAGAAAGAAUAACCCUAAGAAAUACACCUAGGAAGGUAAAACCAGAAAUCAUUGCUACCACAGUGCAGUGAGUCAGUAGAUGCUCAUCUGGAAGACUGCAAAACUCUGGUCUAAAAGAAAGAUGAUAUUCAAUAACAGAGGAGCAGAUAAAGGCUCAUCUUAAGGGAAAGCUAAGGAAGAGCUUAGGUAAUGAGGGAAGAUGUAAAUGGGCCAGUGCAGCCAUUACUGUCUGAAUGGAGAUAACAAAGUGGUUAUCAGGGAUAUUAUUAUCAUAUUAUUAGGGAUAGCCCCAGAAAAGGAGAGUCUCAGUUCUGAAUAAAAGUUAAAAUUGGUACAAGAAUAAAUUCAGUCAGCUCUUUUAUGAACAGUUAUGUCUAUGGAAAUCAAGAAGGUUACUUUGUGGGAUGGCAAGAGGAAUAAAGAAACCUUGCUGAUUCGAGAUGAAGUUUUGUGUGUGAAAUUAAUCACACUUCAGUAUAAAUGAACAAGUACUAGUCACCUAGGCAUAAGCAUGUUUUCUAGGCAUCUUCCAUAAGGAAUGGGAAACAAAUAGCACCUGCAAAUGUUCAUUCUAGAUAUUCUAGCCACCUAAGUCAGAACAGGGAGACUCUCACUCCAUGCCUGAACUUCACCAUUGGUCACAGACAGCUAGAGUGUAUUUGGUAUCUGUCUUUUAGAUAGCUAAAGUCAGAUCAAGCAACUACCACUCUAUAUAUUUAGCAAAUGGUAUAUUGACAUAUUUAUAGUGGUGAUUACAGAGUAAAUCCAUUUCUUUGGAUAUAAUGCAAGAAUUUAUAGACAGCUCCUGUCUUAAAAUCCUUACUAUGCUGAAGUAGGAAGGCAAUUUUUCACUGGCCUCAGUGAAGCCUACCUUUUGCCUCUUAAAUAAGGUGAAAUGUAGUAGGUCAAAGUCAUAUUAAAUCUCUCUCCUCAAGGAGUGUUCUAGCCACUGAGCUGUGUUUUUUCAAAAGAAGGCAUUUAUAAUAAUGUUCAGUAAAAUGGCCAUUCAGGCAGCAUCAACAAAUAAAUAAACUUUUAUUUGACUACAAAACAAACUGGCUUGAGAUUAUAUGUGCUCAUAUGCAUUCUAUUGCACUGAUCCUGUGUACAAGUAUUUUAGAGUCUAAAUUGAUUUGCUUACCCAAUGGUGAAAAAUGCUACACAUUAAUAGCAUUUCGUGGGCCAAAUGAUUUGGAUGUGUUAUAGAACCAAGAGCUCUUCAACAAAACUGUCCUGUGACAGAGAAGUAGCCAUCAGUUACAAGUUAAAAGAAAUGUAUAAAAGGUAACUGAGAAGUGCUGGCUUUUAACAUAUAAGUUGGAUGCUGAGGUCAAAAGUACUUGUUUUUUUAUGUUAUUUAUUUACAUCUUCUGCAAAGGAACUGGGGCUGGUUCUCUGAAGGUUGACUGGAAAGACUUUUGAUAUUCACUGUAGAUUGUUUUGGAUGGUUACCUUCCAGAAAAUAUUAAUGAGAAGAAAAAAAUAUUCUGUAGAUGGAUGUAAAUACCCCUUUUUCCAGGGUUUUAACUUAGACUCACCUCCCUAUAUUGUGUAGGUCACUUUCAAUGGUUUCAUUUUACCUAUUUCUAAACAUCGCAAGUAUUUAGCUAACGAUGCUGUGGUGAGGUAUGCUUCAUUCUUCAGGUUAAUAGAGUGCACAGUUGAAAAAAACCUUCACAUGCAAAGUAUUGUUAACUGCUUGUUCAUAAAAGGAAAGGAAAUUACUACUCAGGCUGGAGAAAUUUUGAAGUUGAGAUUGUUGAUGCUCUUCAGGCUGAUAGAAAAAGAAUUCUGAAAUGAAAGGUGAGAGUUUCUGCAGGAAACGCUGUUGGGGAAAGGAUUAACAAUCCACGAAGGUCAAAUAAGGACAGCUGUCAGAAAAUCACUCAAACUAGGGAAAUAUUUUGUAAAAGGCGUGACACAGAGUUAGUGGGGUUAGAGUCAUGGUGAAAGGUGACUGAGAUAGCCAGGUGUGCUUUGGAGGGACUUUGGAGGGAUUUCUGUUCACAGAGAAUUAUGGGAAUAGCUUGUGAAACUGCACUAGCCCAUACUGCUUAAGGGUCUGGGAGUUGGAAGCAGCAUCAGAAAACAAUGGAACUGAAAUACAAGUCAGAAGGAACUGGGAACAGAAAACAGCACAACAUGGAAAACUUCUAUAAAAUGAGUCUUCUUACUGCUGGAUUUGUAACAUUGAUGAGUAUUGAAAUGGCUUUUAAACUGUAACUUAUUUUCACAGGUUGUGGCAACAUGAUUCAUUACUUCUGUUAAUUUUAAUUAUUUGAACAAAAUGUUCCUCCUUUUCUGGUGCCUAAAUCUCUAUCUGCCUACAAUCUUGAUUUACGUGCAAGCAAGGCCUUACAUCCUUAGGUAUUUCCCAAUCUAUAGAAGGAUUUAGUCCUAUCUCCUCAUAAAAUCUGGGCUCUUCCACCAGCACAGUAAGGAAUGUGGAGACAUUGUUUCUGUCUCUAGUUGAAACUGCCAAAGUUUUUUUGGUAAAUGAUGUAACUUGAUAGGUACUGAGGCCUCUUAGUUUGGGAGCUUGGUGGGCUGAUGUGGCAGAAGCAGUGAUGAUUUGUCUUUUACAUGGAAGCAGGUACUGAUCAAGGGAUUAAAAUUCACAGCAGGUGGCUUUGUGCUGAAUUGCUGGAAUGGAAUGUGUCUGAAGGAUGGUGAAGAUGUUUGAUGCUGGAGGAUGAGGAAGUUUUGCCAAGGCAUUGGUGAGGUGUCACUGUCAAAGAAGUUAGUGAAUGUAACCACAGUCACUGUAAUUCAAAAGGCAUUUGACAAAAUUUUUGUAAAGUUAUUGUGCUCUGAAUGGUGUUAAAAUAUGGAAUUUAUGUAAAAGUAAAUGAACUGAUGUUUAGUUAUUGGAAUAAGAUACAACAGAUGUAUUGUGGGAUAUAUAUAAAUGAAUGUGUAAUAUAGAUUAUUUGAGUUAUAAAAGAUGGUGCUUUGACCAUCCAUCAUUGAUUUGCUUUUACUGGGCUAAGGAAAUUGUGGAGAUGAAAAGAAAUAACAAUUUAUUAGCAAGUUUUGGAUUGUAUGAAUGUGUCUUGAUUUUUGUAAUAAAGAAUGUUAACUCUA